AUGUGUGUUGGUUUCGCGGUAACUCGAAAUCGAACCACCAUGAGAUUCAAGAUCGUCUGCAUACUCGAGACGCAAACGCUGUAUAGAUUCGAGAUCAGCGACGGAUACUCAUGGAGAUUAUCGGAAACGACCAUCACCCCUAGCUCAAAAAGUGAUCUCACGACGCUAAUGAAACCUGUUUACUUGGACAACACUCUUCAUUGGUUGAGAAACGAUGGGAGCAUCAUAGCUUUUAAUCCCGAGACAGAGGAAGCACGACUGAUUCCUUCAAGAUUCAGAUUUGAUCACAGGAAUACAUUAUUUGCGGCAAACGAAAAUAUCAACCGCCUGACUUUGAUAUCAAAGACGGUAAAAAGAAUAUCAGUUUACACACUACUCGAGGAUUCGAAGUGGGCUCUCGCCAAGCGGAUCAAGAACAUAUCUAUGGAUAAAAGAGAUAUUAGAUACUCGAACGUGGUUGCGUACGAUGACAAGUGUCUUGUGCUGAGGGAAUUUAAAGACAUUAAGCUUGGCAGUGUGGUUCAUGUGUACGACAUGGAAACUAACACUUGGAGAGUUUUAGGGGCCAUAUGUCAGCACGCUACCGUCCAAAAAUUGUAUAAGAUUACACCCUCUUUGUUCUUUGUCGAAGAGGAUGAUGAGAAGCACAAGGUCGUUGUAGCAUCUAAUGACCAACACAUCUAUCUAAACGCGGUUUUGGGUGUCAUUGAUUCAACCAACUAUGGCGCCACUUACAUCUUUUGCCAACCUUUGGUCUCUUCAAGAGAUUCUAUGUCACCAGAAAAUGAAGUGAAUCUGUCUAGAGAGCCAUGUUACAUUUUUGGCUCCUGCUCGGGCCUUCUCCUACUAUAUAUUGGUGGCCUCUUUGUCGUAAAUCCCCUCACAAAGAGGUUUCGACUUUUUGAACACUCUGGCUCAAAGCUUCUGCCUAUAAUAGUUGGUGGUGAUCGUAACGUUGCUGGUAGGGAAAGAGGGAUGUGCGUCGGAUUCACGGUAAAUGGAAAUCGAACAACUAAGAGAUUCAAGAUAGUCUGCAUACAUGAGAUGGGAACGGUGUAUUCAUUCGAGCUCAGCGAUGGAUAUUCAUGGAGAUUAUCGGAAACAACCGUCACCGCUAGCUCAAAAAGUAAUCUCACGGUGCAAAUGAAACAUGUAUACUUUAACAACACUCUUCAUUGGUUGAGAAACGAUGGGAGCAUCAUAACGUUCAAUCCCGAGACAGAGCAAGCACGCUUGAUUCCUUCCAUAUUUCAUCAAGAACCAGAGAUGAAAUUGUUGUUUGCAGCAGACAAUAACAUUAAUCGCUUGAUCUUAAUAUCGGGGACGAAAGAAGAAAUUUCAGUUUACACACUACUCGACAAUUCUGAAUGGACCGUCACCAGCCAGAUCAAGAACGUAUCUAUGAAGGAAAGUGAACUUGUAUGCUGGAACAUUGUUGUGUACGACGGCAAGCAUCUAGUGGUGAGGGAGAUGAAAGAUUCAUUAAACGGUGUGGUUCAUGUGUACGACAUGGAAGUUAAAAGUUGGGAAGUUAUAGGGUCAACCAAAUCUUGGUCCAGUCGCGUCCGAGACUUCUAUAAAUUUACACCAUCCUUGUUCUUUGUCGAGGAGGAUGAGCAGCAGAAGGUGACAGUAGCUUCUAAUGACAAACGCAUUCCCUAUCUAACUGCGAUUAUGGGACUCAUUGAUACAAACAAGUAA